AUGGACAGACACGCUCACAGCAACACCAACACCAACAGCACCAACACCAACACCCACCAGAACAACCCAAACCUCUAUCCGCCCUCUCAGCCCGCACCACUCUAUCUCGAUGCCGAAAACGAGUACAACGAGACGGACAACUAUCUCGACUCCGAACUCAUCUCGCUCAGCGAUCCAGACCAAUACCUCAGACUGACACGCUCGGCAACCGAAACCAUCCAUGAGGCCAUCUCCGAAGACGACCGGCGGAGGCUCGCCAAGAAGCACCGCUCAAAUCUCUCCUCCCUCGACCCCUCCAAGAAGAAAUUCUCCCGCCGCAUCUCGAGCACCAGAGCUUCAGCAGCCAUCACCGCCAUCACCCCCAGCCAACACCCAAUCCUGCCCAGCUCGAUCUUCAACCCAAAGCUAUCCACCAAAUCAUCAAAAUUCAUCCCCCCCAUGCCAAUCGCACCCGAGCUAGAUCAGGAUGAAGAAGAGGCCGACGAACACACGAAAAACCUCAAAGAACUAGAAGACUCCCCCGCUGCGGAUCUCCAGCGCAAACAGAACGAUGCAUCCAAACAACAGCGCCGCUCCAUCUACGUCAACCUCGUCCUGCCCACCCUCCAACUCGACAAGUAUGGCGAUCCAAUCGCAAGAUACGUCCGCAACAAGGUCCGAACCACAAAGUAUACGCUCAUCACCUUCUUCCCAAAGAACAUGUGGGAACAAUUCCGAAACGUCGCAAAUGUCUAUUUCCUGGUCCUCAUCAUCUUCCAGGUCUUUCCAAUCUUCGGCGCUGCAACCCCUCAAGUCGCCAUGCUACCACUCGUCUUCAUCCUUUCAGUCACCGCCCUCAAAGAUGCAUUCGAAGAUUAUCGAAGAUAUAUGCUCGACAACAGCGUCAAUAAUGCAGCAUGUACGCGAUUGGGCGAUUGGAAGAAUGUCAACGUGCCCAUGGCCGGCGGAGGAACGUGGUGGGAAAACUUUGAGUGGCCCUGGGAGAAAAAUCAGCAUGUGGUCGAUUCGAUAGGCCAAGUCCAGAAGAUCACCAGAGGCGUCAGGAAGCUACGUGAACGGGAGAAGGACACGUUUAAUACCGACUUCCUAUACGCCAAUCAAGCUCAAAGGGAACAACAACAAAGUUCAGAUUACCAAGAUGACGAUGCGUUGAGUGAAAUCCACGAAGCGAAUGGUAAUCAGAACGGUCGAUCUACAACCUCACUACCGCCACCUUCAUCCACCAGAAGACGACCCUCAUCAGAUUUGGUCGAUUAUUCAACACCGACCGCCGGUACGGCGAAGUGGGAAAGAACGCUGUGGAAGAAGAUCGAAGUGGGAGAUAUCCUGCUGCUGAGGGAGGAUGAAGCGAUUCCAGCGGACAUAGUCGUCCUAAGUACCUCAGACCCCGACGGUCAAUGUUUCGUCGAGACCAAAAACUUGGACGGAGAGACGAACCUGAAACCUAGGAAAGCAUGUAAAACAACCAGGUCGAUCGGAAACGAGGAAGACGUCGAACAUUCUCACUUUCUGGUAGAAUCUGAAGCCCCUGGCGCCAACCUUUACGCCUUCAAUGCAACGGUCAAGUACUGGACUAAAGACGAAACGGAAGGUUGCGAACAUCCCCUGACCGAAGGGCGGAAGCUUAAGAAAGGCUCCGAAAAGAAAGAAGUCAUCGGAAUCAACGAGAUCCUUCUGAGGGGGUGCACGCUAAGAAAUACGCAAUGGGUUAUCGGUUUGGUAAUCUUCACUGGAAAAGAUACCAAGAUCAUGCUUAACCAAGGUGACACUCCUUCCAAAAAACCCAAGAUUUCUCACGAAACCAAUUAUGCAGUCGUCGUCAACUUCAUCGUGCUCGUCCUACUAUGUACAAUCAAUGCAAUCGGAGAUGGGGUGCUACAAGGUUCCGUCAAAACCAGCUCUACGUUUUACGAGGUGGGUGCUAGUGUAUCAUCGAAUGCGAUUUUGGAUGCCCUGGUCACUUUCGGGGCUGCCUUGAUUUUGUUUCAAUCAAUCGUGCCCAUCUCACUCGUCAUCACCCUGGAAUUCGUCCGGUCGAUCCAAGCGUUGACGAUCUUUCGUGACAUUGAGAUGUACUAUGAACCGCUCAACUGUCCAGCCGAACCCAAGUCAUGGAACCUGUCAGACGAUCUAGGGCAAAUCGAAUAUAUCUUUAGUGACAAGACUGGUACAUUAACCCAAAAUGUCAUGGAGUUCCAGCGGUGCUCGAUAUCCGGAAUCUCGUACGGCGAGGGAGUCACUGAGGCCAUGCUUGGUGCCGCUAAAAGAAAACAGGCCGAAUCAUCCGCAAUUGACGAUCCGGUUACUAACUCGGCCGCCCUCUUGGAUUCCAAACAUCGAAUGAUCGAUCUCAUGGAACAAUCAUUCAAACACUCUCAUCUCAACCCAUCUCAACUCACCCUGAUUUCUCCUCAAUUGAUCAAAGAUCUGACUGAUACCAAUCCGAGUAAUUCAGUACAUCGUCAACGGAUGAUCGAUUUUUGGAAAACUCUAGCGAUCUGCCACGAUGUCAUCGCGAGUCGAAACGAUCUCGAGCCCAAUCAAAUCGAAUACAAAGCCGAAUCGCCUGAUGAGGCAGCCCUGGUGGCGGGAGCAAGAGAUGUAGGGUUUGUGUUCCUUCGAAGGAUGGGUGACCGGGUGGAGAUCCAGGUGAUGGGUCAACUCGAGCGAUAUCAAAUGUUGCAGAUGAUUGCCUUCAACAGUUCCCGGAAAAGGAUGAGCACGAUCGUCCGAUGUCCCGAUGGCAAGAUCCGGCUGCUGUGCAAGGGGGCCGAUAGUAUCAUCAUGUCGCGUCUCAAAGCUGAUCAAGAUGAGGAUUUGAAAGAUCAAGUCAAUCAAGAUCUUGAGAACUUCGCCUCGGAUGGAUUGAGAACUUUGCUAAUCGCCAGCCGUGAAGUCAGCGAAGAGGAAUACCUAGAAUUCCAAACCGAGUAUAAACAAGCAUCUGAUAGUCCGGGUAAAGACAGGGAAGAUCUCAUGGAACAAGUGGCCGAUCAGUUCGAACGAGGCUUAGAAAUCCUGGGUGCAACAGCUCUGGAAGAUAAGUUACAGGUCGGAGUUCCUGAAGCAAUCGAGAAGUUACACGAGGCUGGAAUCAAACUAUGGAUCCUGACGGGAGACAAACUUCAGACGGCAAUCGAAAUCGGCUACAGCUGCAACUUGUUGAAGAAUACGAUGGAGAUCAUGAUCCUCAGUUCUGAUACCGAAGCGGGCACGCGGUCCCAAAUCGAACAGGGUCUUGAAAAAUUACUCGCGACAUCUUCCGGAUCGGCUACAUCCACUUCCCACUGGAAUGGGUCUGAGUCGCUUGAUCGAGAUCCCAGCGGGCCUGAUUCGUCUGACAAGAAUGAGCAUCGCAAUACGACGGGCGUCCCCGGCGGAAGAAGGCAGAGUCAAGCAGCUUUCCCAGCCACUAGGCCCCAGGGUGGCUAUGCAGUCGUGAUCGAUGGCGAUACGCUGAGAUACGCUUUGGACGGCUCUCUGAAGGCUAACUUCUUGGCCUUGACGGUCCAAUGUGAAACCGUCGUCUGUUGCCGUGUGUCUCCUGCUCAGAAAGCUUUGACUGUCAAGCUGGUGAAGGAGGGUAAAAAUGCCAUGACUUUGGCUAUCGGUGAUGGUGCCAACGACGUUGCGAUGAUUCAAGAAGCUCACAUUGGAGUAGGGAUCGCUGGACUCGAAGGCGCUCAAGCAUCAAUGUCGGCAGAUUAUGCACUUGGUCAAUUCAGAUUCUUGACAAAAUUAUUAUUAGUACACGGAAGUUUUAAUGGAUCGUAUCUCUUCGAAUACACGUUCAUCAUGUUAUUCAACUUGAUUUUCACCUCGCUACCGGUCGGCUUGAUGGGCGCAUUUGAACAAGACCUCAGUGCGAAUGCUUCGAUGGCCUUCCCGGCUCUCUACAAACGUGGGAUCUACGGUCUGCAAUAUACCCGGUGGAAGUUUUGGAGUUACAUGGCCGAUGGCUGCUACCAAUCGAUGGUCUGUUUCUGGAUCCCAUACUUCGUCUACUUCCAUUCGACCACUGUCUCCGUAACCGGCAGGGACGUCGCGAUAUGGGAGUUCGGCGCAACGGUCGCCUGCGGGACGGUCUUUGCAGCCAACAACCUGAUCGCCAUCAAUACUCGCUACUUUCCGUGGUUUAUCAUCAUCGUCCUCACAGUCUCAUCCACCCUGGUCUUAGUUUGGACCGUCGUAUAUUCCGCCCUAUCCGAAUUUUACUUCAGCAAUGUCGUGGUCUACACAUUCACUACCAUCGAAUUUUGGGCUUCAUUCAUUCUCGUCCAAGUGCUCUCGCUCCUCCCUCGAGCAGUUUACAAGUAUCUCCAAGUCCAGUACUGGCCUCGCGAUUCGGAUAUCAUCAGGGAGAUCAUCAUCGGAGAAUCUUAUAAACAUCAGCAUGCUCACUCUGGUUUGGAAGAAGAUAUGAAGCAGCUCAAGUUGAUCGAACAGGUGAUCGAAAAGGAUAGAUUGGAUAGAUUGGAUUCCGAGCAGUUUGCCAAGAAAUCCUCGACUCCGUCACAGUCUUCAUCGCCUCCGUAUUCCCUUACACCUGGCGGCAGCGGCGGAGCGAGCGGUGGAUCAGCGAUUCCGACAGCAGCCCUGACAGCCAUUGGAAGGUCGACGUCGGUGAAUCGAAAAGCUGCCACGAAAGGCCAAAGCACCGACAGUGUCGAGAUGGUGGCCGUGCAACCCGAUUAUCCCUCAAGCAGUGUGCCGUCGAUCACCACCACUCAACCGGAUGGGAACUAUACCACUAGUCGAGCACGGGUGGACGGCGCGACGCCCCGAGGAUUGGUGGGCUUUUAUUCAGACCAACAGGCCCAUGUGGUCGACCGACAUGGAUCAGUGGGCUCGAAUUAUCGUUACAGUGGCCUGGCUACUAGCUCUCCUGCCCCGUCUCCGCGCGAAAUCGCCGACCGGCAUCCUUUCCAAGCGCCACCCUCGGGCAACCCUAGCGACCGCGCGUCGGACCCCAGUCUGGCCGAGGAUCUUCACUCGUCCCACUACUCCCACCUCUCCUCCGCCCGGCCUAAUCAACCCACCUUCAAUCCCUCUAAUCCGAUCCCCGUGCCCACUCGGCCUCUCAAUCUUAACCCGCAGCAUCCAGAUACCCUCAACCAUCAUCAACAGCAUUUUUUCCCUUCGCCUUAG